AUGAUUGCCUUUUAUUUUGAUGAUUUACAAAGGUGGAUAUAUAUCCACCACCAUGAUGUUUAUUUGAUGAAAUUGUUCCAAAGUUAUUUUUGUAUUGUUUUUGUUUUGUUUUAUGAGAGUCUUUUUUUUUAUCCAACUUGGUGUUCAACUAUUAUUGUUAUUAUUAUUAUUAUUAUAUUUUAUGGGGGUAUCGGUUUCCAUUCAUUCAUUCAUUUAAUUUUUCACAUUCAUUUGUCUUUUUAUUAUGUAAAGGUUUAUAGAGUUUUUUUUAUUAUUAUUACAGAUUUAAAAUAUAUCCAACAUUUUCAUGUCAGUCAUAAUUUUAUGGCAAUUCACUGUAGUCAAAAAUUACAAUAA